AUGUCGGGAAGCGACAGUCCGCGCUCCCCACAGGGCACCCAUCCGACGAGGAGGCUACUCCGCAGCGGCUCAGUGCACAACAGUACCACGACGAGCACCAGCGACGUCAUGGCCCCGGCUCGGUGA